AUGACUUCAAACUGCAGUAGUGGCGUUCCUUAUACCAGUGAGCUGUACGCAGGUCUAAGCACCGCACAGACAGCAAUGUACACGCUCGCACCUGUACUCACAGCAUUCACUGCACUGUUAUUCUUCGAGUCUGUCUACUACGUACGAAAUAAUAUUCCCACCAAAUCAAGGAGGAAUAAAAUAAUAUGGGUCCUUGGAAUUUUUCCAAUGUUUAGCAUUACCUCUCUACUUGGUUUGUUAGUGCCACGUUCUGCACUCGUCACUACGUUUGCUGCAUCCGUAUAUUUUUCAGUAUCAAUGUACCAGUUUACGUUGCUGAAUAUAGAUUAUUAUGGAGGACGAGAUGCUAUAAUUUUACUUAUGAAGGACAAAGAUGUGAAAAUCAACGUACCCCCUGUAAUGUGGUGCUGUGUGUGUUUACCCGCAAUUAAGAUGACACGAAAGACGCAACCCUGGCUGAGACGACUUGUUCUGCAGGUUACUUUGGUCAAUCCCACUGUUCUGUUCAUUUCUAUUGUCCUGUGGACGGAUGGACUAUACGUUCCCGGUGAGGUAACCCUGAAGGAUCCUAUUUUUUGGGUUUCCAUCACUUCUUUAGCAUCGACUUUAGUUGCCAUACAGUCAUUAAGUAUGACUUUUCAGGCAUCCAGGAAACAACUCAAGGACUAUAAAAUAACACAUAAAUAUAUGGCAAUACAGCUUUCUUUGAUAUUUAGCAUUAUUCAGCUUUCUAUUUUGAGUUUGCUGUCGUCAACUGGGGUUAUUCCAUGUACUCCGCAGUUCAACAGUCUGGGAGCAGCAUAUCAUUUAUACAAUUUUAUGAUUGUAUGCGAGUUUUUCUGCCUUGGGAUAUUUGCCAGAGCCUUCUUCCGAAGUCGUAAAAUGGGAAAUCUGGAACAUGUUAUGGACCCAGAGAGAGCUAGGGCAGAAUUGGAUGAGGCAGAGAGGUGUUAUGAACAGAACAACAUUGACAACACUGUAACUAUGUCAAGUAUCACUGGACUGGAGAUGUGCAAGACUGGACAUGAAAACCCUUGUUACAUUGAAAAGUCAGCGAAGAACAACGAAGAUAUUGAUCUAUCAGUGACCACUAUAGUAUUUAUACAAUUUUAUGAUUGUAUAGAGUUUUUCUGCCUUGGGAUAUUUGCCAGAGCCUUCUUCCGAAGUCAUAAAAUGGGAAAUCUGGAACAUGUUAUGGACCCAGAGAGAGCUAGGGCAGAAUUGGAUGAGGCAGAGAAGUGUUAUGAACAGAACAACAUUGACAACACUGUAACUAUGUCAAGUAUCACUGGACUGGAGAUGGUAAGAGGUGAUGAACAGAACAGCCAGUGA